CGCACACACACACACACACACACACACAGACACACACAUCGCCACGGCACCAUCAGACAAAGAGAACAUGGGCGCACAGGAGAGGAGCCCCCUCGCGCGGUUCACGGGAUGGACGUGCAGCCGCCGGUAACCGGAGACCGACGGAGGAGAGCCCACUUUAAAGCGGUGGUGGGAUGAGAGAGACUGCGACGAGCAGAGAAGCAGGCGGAGAGCUGCUGCGUUUAAUCCGUCCGCACACCCCACGAGGAGCACGCCAUGGCCGUGGCCAUGCGGAGGACGUGUGAGGGGACAGGGACUCAUGUGCCUUUUGGUGUUCUGUUGUUCCUCCUGUGUUGUGGCCUUUCGUGCGGACAGCUGAGCUACACGGUGACCGAGGAGGUGGAGAACGGUGCGCUGGUGGGCGACCUGGUGCAGGACCUGGGGCUGGACGCGAGGCGGCUGACCGGCCGCAAGAUGAAGGCGACCUCCAACAGCGGGAAGCGCUACGUGAUUGUCAAUCCCAAAAACGGAAAGCUGUUCGUGAACGAGCGCAUCGACCGGGAGACGCUAUGCGACGCGACCGGCACUUGCCUUAUCAACCUGGAGGUGUUCCUGGAGAACCCCUCCGAGGUGCACCACGUCGAGGUGAAGGUGCUGGACGCCAACGACAACGCGCCGCAGUUCCCCCGGGACGAGUACCAGCUGGAGAUUAUCGAAUCCGCGCUGCCCGGUUCCCGGUACCCGGUGGAGAGCGCGGAGGACUUGGAUAUUGGAUCUAACUCCUUGCGCUUGUACCAACUCAGCACGAACGAACACUUCGCGCUGGUCUCCAACAAACCCUCCCUGAACAACAAGCACAUCGAACUGGUGCUCAAGAAGCCGCUGGACCGCGAGCAGACGCCUUACCACCAGCUGAUACUGAGCGCCGUGGACGGGGGUUCGCCGGAGAGAACGGGAACCGCGACGAUUAACGUGCGCGUCCUGGACGCCAACGACAACGUGCCGGUGUUCGACAGCUCGGUGUACAAAGUGAAACUGCCGGAGAACUCGGCCAAAAACUCGCUGGUCAUCAAGCUGAACGCCACGGACCUGGACGAGGGCACGAAUGGCGAGGUUUACUACUCCUUCAGCAGCUACACGCCCGAGAGGGUGAGGCAGAUGUUCUCCAUGGACGCCAACACGGGGGAGAUCCGGGUGAGGAACAACGUGGACUACGAGGAGACCAACUCCUACGAGAUGUACAUCCAGGCCAUGGACAAGGGCCCGGGCGCCGUGGCCGCCCACUGCAAGGUGGUCAUCGAGGUGGUGGACGUCAACGACAACGUCCCGGAGAUCGUGCUGUCCUCACUGUCCAGCCCGGUGCGGGAGGACGCACGGCCCGACACCGUGGUGGCGCUCAUCAGCGUCACCGACCGCGACUCGGGCGCCAACAAGCAGGUGAGCCUGGAGAUCCCGCUGACCCUCCCCUUCCGCAUCAAGUCCUUCCGGAACUACUACACCCUGGUGACCUCGGGCUUCCUGGACCGCGAGACCACCGACGCCUACAACGUGACGCUCAGCGCCACCGACGGCGGCACGCCCCCCCUCAGCUCACAGAAGACCAUCCGGGUGGAGGUGGCGGACGUCAACGACAACCCGCCGCGCUUCGAGCAGACGUCGUACACCGUGUACGUGACGGAGAACAACGCGCCGGGCGCCUCGCUGUGCACCGUGCGGGCGCAGGACGCCGACGUCCGGGACAACGCCCGCAUCACGUACACCGUGCUCAACGACAACAACCACGGCAUCCCCGUCACCUCCUACGUGUCGGUGAAGGCGGAGACGGGCGAGGCGUACGCGCUGCGCGCCUUCGACUACGAGUCGCUGCGCGAGUUCCACUUCCAGGUGAAGGCGCAGGACGGAGGCAUCCCGCCGCUGAGCCGCGUGGCCACCGUCUACAUCUACGUCAUGGACCAGAACGACCACGUGCCGCGCAUCGUCACGGCGACGCGCGGCAACGCCUCGCGCUCCACCGAGACGGUGCUGAAGAACGCCGAGCCGGGCACGCUGGUCACCAAGGUGGUGGCGUACGACGCCGACGCGGGGCCCAACGCCUGGCUGGUGUACGUGCUGCAGCAGGCCAGCGACGCCGACCUCUUCAAGGUGCACCAGCACACGGGCGAGGUCCGCACCACGCGCCGCGUGAUGGAGGACAACUCCACCUCCUUCUCGCUGACGGUGCUGGUGCGGGACCACGGCCAGCCCGCGCUGUCGUCCACCGCCACCAUCACCGUGGCCGUGAUGGAGCCGCCCCAGAAGCCGGCCCCGGACCCCCGGCGCAUCAUCAGGCCCCACAGCACGCUGCUGUUCUCCAACGUCACGCUGUACCUCAUCGUGGCGCUCAGCGCCACCACCUUCGUGUUCCUGGUCACCGUGGUGGUGCUGGCCAUCGUGCGCUGCCACGCCUACUGCACCACGCCCGGCUCCUGCUCACCGUGCUGCGUGUCCCAGAAGGCGCCGCCCGACGGCGGCAACAGCAGCGUGAGCGGCGGCGGCGGCGGCGGCGGCGGCGCUGGGGGCGGGGGCCCGGGCGGGCCGCAGCCCAACAGCAACGUGAUGCUGCGCAGGGACCUGAAGGUGGAGCCGCACUACAUCGAGGUGCGGGGCAACGGCUCGCUGACCAAGACCUACUGCUACAAGACGUGCCUGACGGCCACCUCGGGCAGCGACACCUUCAUGUUCUACAACACGGGCCGGCCCAUCAGCGGCACCUGGGGCAGCGGCGCCGAGCGGUUCUUCACCAGCAACAGCGGCUUCGUGAGGCGGCUCAGCAUGCCCGACAACUCCCUGCAGAUCUGCCCCGAGCCGAAGGCGCCGAAUGCUGACUGGCGAUAUUCUGCCUCUCUGAGGUCUGGGAUGCACAGCAUGCAAGGGAUGCAGGGCAUGCCAGGGAUGCAAGGGAUGCAAGGGAUGCAAGCAAUGCAAGGGAUGCAAGCCAUGCAGGGGAUGCAAGCAAUGCAGGGGAUGCAAGCCAUGCAGGGGAUGCAAGGGAUGCAGGCCAUGAGCGCGGUCCACAUGGAGGAGUCGUCGGUAAUGCAGGGAGCCCAGGGCAUGCUGGUCCAGAACUGGCCAACAGUGUCCAGCGCUGCAGACGGGGAGGGUGGGGGAGAGCUUUCCCCUCCAGUGGGCGCCGGGGUCGACAGCAACAGCUGGCACUUCCGCUACGGCGCCGGGGGCCCCAUCUACGGGCCCCCCGCCCCCAUAAGGGCGAGCGAGGUCCCCCCUGAAGCCUUCAUCAUCCCGGGGUCCCCCGCCAUCAUCUCCAUCCGCCACGACCCCGCCCCGCCCUCUGAGGACAAGGGCGAGUUCAUCAGCUUCGGCAAGAAGGGGGAGGACCCCAAGAAGAAGAAGAAGAAGAAGAAAGACAAGAAGGACAAGAAAGACAACAAGGGGAAGGGGGGAGACGACACCGACGACUAG